CCGUGUUUGUCCGACUCCGAGCCCGAUCGGAACGGAGAAAACAGUGGAUCGUCCAUUCUUAAGGGCUCGCCAGCCUUAUCAAGUCUCCCCCAUCCGCGCCAUCAUCAUUUCCAACUCCCAUCCCCAUCCAUUGAACAUCUAUCCGACAAUCUUCUACAUAGAUACAAAUCCCAAUCGUCCUUGAUAAGAUGUCUACCGAUAAGAUCUCUGUCCUUCUCAACUGGCACGCCACCCCUUACCAUUUGCCCAUCUUCGUGGCCCAAUCCAAAGGGGAAGCAAAUUCCAAACCAGGAUGCCUUUUGGGUUUGGAUGCAGUCAUGGAUUGACUUCCAAAAUUCAUUCCCCUAAUCAUUAAAUAGCCUAGCUCUUCAUCCAUGCCAAUGUCAUUCUCGAAUCUUGCUGUGCUUCCUACUAACAUUUUGCAUACCUCACUUUUCGCAGGUUAUUUCGCCAAAGAGGGAAUCAAGGUAGCUAUUCUUGAACCAAAUGACACCUCUGACGUCACCGAGCUCAUCGGCUCCGGCAAAGCCGACUUGGGAUGCAAAGCUAUGAUCCACACCCUCGCUGGUAAGGCCAGAGGCUUCCCCAUCAAGAGUAUUGGAACUUUGAUGGAUGAGCCGUUCACCGGUGUAAUCUACUUGGAAGGAUCUGGAAUCACUUCGGACUUCAAAUCCCUCAAGGGUAAACGCAUCGGUUACGUGGGCGAAUUUGGCAAAAUCCAAAUCGAUGAAUUGACCAAAUACUACGGUAUGACCUCCGAGGACUAUACCGCUGUCAGAUGUGGUAUGAAUGUCUCCAAAGGUAUCAUCGAGGGCACCAUUGACGCCGGUAUUGGUCUAGAGAACAUUCAACAAGUCGAAUUGGAAGAAUGGUGCAAGGCUAACAACCGACCAGCCAGCGAUGUCAAGAUGUUACGGAUCGAUGAGCUCGCCGAACUCGGCUGUUGCUGCUUCUGCUCGAUCUUGUACAUCGCCAAUGAAGAUUGGUUGAAAGCCCACCCUAAAGAAGCCGGUGCCUUCAUGCGAGCCGUGAAAGCCGGUGCCGACGACAUGUUCGCCGAUCCCCGUGCUAGUUGGGCCGAAUACUGCAAGGUUAAGCCGGUGAUGAACACCCCAUUGAACCGAUUGAUGUUCGACCGCAGCUUUAACUACAUGAGCCAAGACUUGAGCAACGUCUCCCGGGACUGGAACAAGGUCACCAACUACUCCAAGCGUCUCGAGAUCGUCCCCGCGGACUUUGUUGCCAACUAUACCAACGAGUUUGUCCAAUGGGAAGUGGCUCCUGAGGGCGGCGAGGCCGAAGGGCUCGCCAAGCAACAAGAGAUCAAAGCCUUGCAAGCCCACGUGGCCCAACACGGAGGUGUCCUCCAAGCCACGGUCGCCUAAGAAGGAGCCAGGAGAACGCAGAUCAUCAUGAUCUGGCCCAGAAGCUUAGCCCUCCUAACUUUGUACAAAUUUGUACAAACCGUCCAAAUGUUCUUGGUUCAUAACUACAUCUUGUGUCACUCUUAUCCCCUCCAAAUCAAACAGCUUCAUACCUCUCAUUCUCUCAACGUAGCAUAUGAUUGUCAAGCAAAAACAAAAUAGCUUAACCUGCUCCAAUAUGUUUUUUAACAAAUUGGGGUCAAACUUCAUUUGCUAAAUCAACAUCACCUUGUCUCUACUGUUCAAUUACUUUCCCACUCUGACCAAGUCAAGCAAAUUAACUCAAUGACCUUUGGUAAAUCCAGCUCCCAC